CUCCGGAACAUCGCGGCCGCCAUGGCGGAAGGGGAGGGGGCGGGCGGGGGAGGCGGCGGCGCGUCCCGACUACGUCAUCGCCCCCGCGACCUCGGCGCGUCCCAGGCCGGGACGGUGCCGGAGUCCCCUCCCACUCAACUUCCCGCGGCUCUCGCGAGACUUCCCGCACCACCGCGCGGCGUCAUCGCGUCGCGCGGGAACGCCAAGGGGCCCUCUGGGAAUUGUGGUCUCCCGGCCACAGCGGAGGCGGCGAUGUGCGACGGCGGGGAGGGCGGCUGCGGAGGGGAGCCGCUCCCGAGGGAGGAGCCCCGGGGCCGCUGUGACUCCAAGUGUGUCAAGUGCAAGGAUGCCUCUCCCGUGGUGAGCAUUCGUGCUGGAGAUGCCUUCUGCAAGGGCUGCUUCAAGGACUAUUUCGUUCACAAGUUCCGUGCCAUGCUUGGGAAGAAUCGCUGCAUCUACCCUGGAGAGAAGGUUCUCCUGGCUUUUUCGGGGGGUCUUGCUUCCAGCUCAAUGUUGAGGCAGGUGCAAGAGGGCCUCAACCGAGAAGCCCCCAAGAAACUUCGCUUCAGACCAGGAAUAAUUUACAUUGACGAGGGAGCUGUGUGCGGACGGAGUUUGGACGAGCGAGUGAAAACCUGCAGUCAGGUAGAGGCUGUCCUGCGAGCCACAGGAUUUCCCUAUCAUCUGGUGUUCUUGGAGGAGGUUUUUGACCUUCCCGCUUCAGUCCUGAACUCGCUUACCCAGAGUCCUCCUGACCAGGCUCCCAGCUACAAGGAAGCAGUGGCUGAUUUCACCAGGUGGCAGCAGCAGCAGCAGCAGCGGGAGAAGAGGGUGGACACAGCGACUUCCUUGGAGGACCGGCUGGCAGAGUGUAGCAUGCAAGGCUUCUCGUGGCAGGGACGGUUGGCGGUUCUGGAGGAAGCCGGCUCUUCCCUUGCUUCCCACGCGGAAGAGCUGGCCCGCCUCUUUGGGGGUGUCAGAUCCCUAACUGCAAAAGAGGAUCUCCUGCAGACUCUCCGGACCCACCUGAUGCUGCAGGUGGCUCGGAGAAACGGAUACACGAAGGUGAUGGUGGGAGACAGCUGCACCCGUGUGAGCGUGAAGCUGCUGGCCAGCCUCUCUCUGGGACGGGGGGCCUUCCUGGCUCUGGACACGGGCUUCUUGGAUAGCCGCUAUGGGGACGUCCUAAUCCUGCGUCCGAUGCGGGAAUAUCCGGCCAAAGAGAUCGCUUUCUACAACUACCUCUUCAGGGUGCCCACCAUCUUCACGCCUGGCCUGGACACCAAAGCCUCCGACAGAGCCAGCAUCCACCUCCUGAUAGAGAGCUUCCUCUGCAAGCUGCAGUCGGAAUUUCCCUCCACCCUCAGCACAGUCUACCGGACAGGAGAGAAGCUGAGUACGGGCCCUCAAGAGGUCCAGUCUGAUGUGUUGACAGCACCGGCCCGCUGCCUCCUCUGCCUCUGCCCCCUGGACACCAAUGUUGAGGACGGGUCCUCCUUGCAGGUCACACUGCUCUCCGAAAAACUCAGCCGGCGGCCUCCAGCUGAGGAGGGAGGCUGCGGAGGUGGCAUCCAAGCAGGCUGCUGCGGAAAACCCCCAGCAGGAAGAGAGAGCUCCCACCUUGUCCCGUUGCUCUGCUAUGGCUGCCGUCUAACAUUCAAGGAGCUGAGCUGCGUGGAGUCCCUCCCGCCAUACAUUCACGAGGAGGCCGAGCGCCAGCAAUGCAGGGCUGCGAUGAAGCAAGAAAUCCAGGAAUUCUUGCUUGAAGACGAUGCUUGAGACACUCUGCUUCCACAAGUGUUUUUUCAAGCAGAGGAAUCAUCUUGGAUUCCGCAGCGGCCAGACUGAGCCAAGAAGGAUCCAGAUGUUUCCCAUCUGCCAGUUUGGCACCUCCUUGGAUGCCCAAGUGAACUGAAUUUCUAUUUUUGUGCACAGGAUUGAAAUCCUAAAAGAGGCAAAGGGAGAAGCCUUGCUCACCGAAGUUUUAUGAAGCGUCCCAAGGAAAGCAUGUGCCUCACCCCCAUCCAGACCUCCUAAGGCUUCAUUUAAGCUCUCCCCCAAAACUCUUCCAGGCCUCUCUGGAGAAGCUCGGCUGCUGAACCAGAGGAAUUUCUCUCCCCCAAAGUCCACCUUGACUUCACACCACCCUUUUUUUAAAAUCACAGCUUUGUUUUUAUUGUACAGAUCUGUAUAAAUAAAAUGGCCUCCUGUAGAAAAAAUAAGUUUGUAGAUUCCCAGCAGCCCUUGUUCCCAGCAACGAGGCCGAGAGGGAGGGUCAGGGGCUGCAGGGAUGGGGGAGGGGGCUCUGGACAUUUCAGCAGCAGGACAGCCAUUCACUUCCUGGUCUCCGUGGGGGAAGGAAACGGGAGUCCAGGUUUGGGACAGGGCAAUAUCUUCAUUUUCAUUUUGUAAAAAAAAAAAAAAA